GGUUGAUGACGUCAUUUCUAAGCGACCUCUACAUUCUCCCAUGUGUGGUUUGUACACACGCAGUUCACUUCCAAAAUUGUCGUUUUUCUGAGCAAAUAAUGGAGAAGAAAGGCUCAAAUUCGCUCGGGAAGAAACCCAAACUUGCAAAAAUGAAAGACGGUACUGAUCCGGUGAAAAACUUUGAGAAAUGGAAGAAAAAAUACAACAAAACUAAAACCCGAGUGAAGAUUGAACGGGCGAAGAAAAAGAAACCCGAAUGGCAGGUUGAAAAGGAAUAUAUUGAGAGACUCAUGAGCAGAUACGAGGAGAUAAACAUUAAAGACGCGGUUAAAUUUUCCGACUUUCCCCUGUCAAAGAAGACACUGUUGGGACUUCAGGAGGCGCAGUACCGACAGCCCACGGAGAUCCAGCGACAGACCAUAGGCUUCGCUCUCCGGGGUAGAGACGUGCUCGGGGCGGCCAAAACAGGCUCAGGGAAGACCCUCGCCUUCCUCAUUCCGGUGCUGGAGUGUCUGUUCCGCCAGCAGUGGACCUCCAUGGACGGACUAGGCGCUCUGAUCAUAUCCCCCACCAGAGAGCUUGCCUACCAGACGUUUGAGGUGUUGCGUAAAGUCGGCAAAAAUCACGAGUUCUCUGCUGGGCUCAUCAUUGGAGGGAAGGACCUGAAAAGUGAAUCUGAGCGUAUUCAUCAAACCAACAUUGUGAUCUGCACCCCAGGGCGACUACUGCAGCACAUGGACGAAACAGCCACUUUUCAUGCCUCAGACCUGCACAUGCUAGUCCUAGAUGAAGCUGACCGUAUUCUAGACAUGGGGUUUGCUGACACACUCAACGCCAUUGUGGAAAACCUCCCCAAAACUAGACAGACUCUACUAUUCUCAGCCACUCAAACCAAAUCAGUGAAAGAUUUGGCCCGCCUCAGCCUCAAAGAUCCCGAGUACGUUUGGGUACAUGAGAAGGCCAAGUUUAGCACACCGGCCACACUGGAGCAGAGCUACGUGGUGUGUGAGCUGCAUCAAAAAGUCAACAUGCUCUUCUCGUUCAUAAGGAGUCACCUCAAGAAAAAAAUCAUUGUGUUCUUUGCCUGCUGUAAAGAAGUGCAGUAUUUCUUCAGAGCGUUUUGUCGCCUCAGACCUGGUAUUCCUGUCCUGGCUCUUCAUGGCAAACAGCAGCAGAUGAAACGGGUGGAGGUGUAUAACGACUUUGUGAAAAAACAACAUGCAGUGCUGUUUGCCACUGACAUUGCGGCUCGAGGUCUGGAUUUCCCUGCUGUGAACUGGGUCCUUCAGUUUAACUGUCCAGAAGAUGCAGACACUUACAUACACAGGGUGGGACGAACUGCCAGAUACAAGGACGGAGGAGAGGCUCUGCUCCUGCUUCUGCCCUCAGAGGAAAAGAGCAUGGUCCAGCUGCUGCAGGACAAGAAGGUUCCCAUCAACAAGAUCCAGGUGAACCCAGAAAAGCUCCAGAGCGUGGAGCAGAAGCUGGAGUCCUUCUUGGCCCAGGAGAAGGAGAUGAAGGAGCGCGCUCAGAGGUGCUUUGUGUCGUACUUGCGCUCCGUCUACCUCAUGAAAAAUAAGCAAGUGUUUGAUGUCAGUAAACUCCAGCUCCAUGAGUAUGCCCUGUCCCUCGGCCUCGCUGUGGCUCCAAGGGUCCGGUUCCUCAACAAAACUCUGGGACAAAGCAAAGAAACCCAAGUCCAGCGAUCGGAUGAGGAAGAGGAUGAGGAACUGAGGAGGUUUAAGCAGCAACUCAAAGGAGAUGUUGAAGAAAAUGCCAAAUCUGAGUCCGAAAGUUCCACAGACAAUGAAGAAAGCGACGCAGACUUGGCUAAUAACAAAAUUGCUUUAGGGGAAGUUGACGGUGAUGAUGAUUUGAGAGACUUGGACUUGCUAACAUUAAAAUGCAAAGAUGUUUUUAAUUUAAAAGAAAGGCAAGAGGAAGAAUACCAUAAGGAAGUGAAAGAAAAGAAGAAACAAAGCAAAGAAACCAAGUAUAAAGAGGCCAAAAAGGUACUCAAGAGAAAUUUUCAGGUUAAUACUAAAGUUACGUUCAGCGAGGAAGGAGAGGCUGUGCAGUUAUGGCCUCCAGUACUGAGAGCUGUGGCAGGAAAUGAUGACGACGACGAUGACGCAUCUGGAAUUAACGUGGAAAAGGCCAAAGAGAGACUGAAAAUGGAAGAUCAGGAGUUUGACAAAGAAGAGUACAGGAGGAAGGUGAAGGAGAAGCAUAGGGAAAGAAGGCUAAAAGCUAAAGCAGCUAGGGGAAAAGCUAGCAAGAAAAGCGAGCUAGAAGAUGAGGAAGAGGAUGAGGUGGUAGCGUAUUUGGCUAAUGAGAGCGACAAUGAGUUUGAUCCUAGUACACUACCAGAUCCAGAUAAGUUGGAUAAUUCUGAAAGUGGAGAAGGGGAGGAUGAGGAGGAAGAGGACAUGACUAAAGCAGAAAAAAGGCAUCUAAAUAGUGAAAGUGAAAGUGAGGAAGAGGAGAAGUCCGUGUCAACAAAGAGGCUUAAAGUGAAGCAACAAGCCGAAGAGGAGGACACAGUUCUGGACACUGGGCUUUCACUGGCUGAGGAUGAGGAGUUGGUCUUGCAGUUGUUGUCUGGGAGAAGAUAGAUGUAUUUGUAAAAUAAAUGAAUUUAUUUUUGAGUAUAUUAAUAUGAUAUAAAAUCAAAAGUUUGUUAUAUCCUGAUUUUGUUUUAGUACUUAAUCCCCCCCCCCCCCCCCCCCCCACACACACACACACACAAAGUCAUGGUCUGGUUAAAUCAAGCCUGUCAAUCAAAGAAUAACAUUCACAGUGAGGUGUGGGACAGAUAGGCCUGUCACAAUAAUUACAUUAUCACUCAAUAUGUUAGCCGUAAUAAUAUUUUUUGGGGCUCAAUAUUUAUCGUGUGCACACUUUCUUUGCAUUUCAGGCAAUAUUUUGUCAUUUAUUUCUGCACUUUGAUAAGAUUUUAGCUGUAGAGGGUUGAAUAAAUAAGUUCUUUCACUCAUUAUAGAUCUAUAGAUUUUGUGCUAUUUAUCUAUUGCACCUGUUUGUACAUUUAGAAUAGUUUUUUGGUUAGUUUGAAUAUUAUCGUUUCUUAUCUAUAUUUUAUUCAGCAAUAUAUUGUACUUCAAAAUGUGUUAUCGUGACAGGCCUAGGGACAGAGCAGAUUUGUAAAGAAAAGUAUAGCUAUUUUUUGCUCUACUAACUUAAUUAAUUCCAAGAUGUGUUGUGAUUUGCUUCGUCUAUUGUUGUGUUAACCUGUUAUAGUUCAUGCUCUGUUUAAAUAAAAAGAGUGUAAUCCCAAACAGACUGGGCAGUAAUAGCCUAUGUAAUAAAACUCAUUUAUGUAC